CGCCUGGAAGCUCUUCGCACUGAAAUGGCCAAGGAAAACGUCCAGGCCUACAUCAUUCCCACAGAGGACCCACACAUGAGUGAGUACUCUACUUCUGAUGCCGAACGGCGCCACUUCAUCUCUCGAUUCACAGGCUCUGCUGCCACAGCAGUGGUCACAACAGAUGCUGCAAUGCUCUGGACAGAUGGCCGCUACUUCCUACAGGCAUCACAGCAGCUCGGCCCAGCAUGGACACUCAUGCGCUCUGGCACACCGGGCUGCCCAGAGAUCCCCGAGUGGCUUGCUGAGAAUGUACAAGAUGGAGACGCUGUUGGGAUUGACCCAUUCCUCCACACGGUGGACAAUGCCCGGAAGCUGAAGGAGCAGCUGGAGGCAGCUGGCAAGGGGCUGCGGCCAAUCUAUGGCAACCUGGUGGACAGGGUGUGGGGCAGCGACCGCCCGGCUGCCCCCAGUGCACCACUGCGCGUCCAUGCUCUCGAGCAUGCCGGCCAGUCUGUCUCUGACAAGCUUACCGCUGUGCGCGCCAAGAUGAAAGGGGCGAAGGCCAAUGUGCUGCUGCUGACGGCGCUGGAUGAGAUUGCCUGGCUGUUCAACCUGCGUGGCUCAGACGUAUCCUACAACCCAGUCUUCCUGUCCUAUGCCACGGUCACAGAAGACGCUGCUAAGCUAUUUGUGGACGCCGGAAAGGUCACUCCUGAGGUCAAGAGCCAUCUGAGCGAGGCAGGCGUGGAGCUUGGUGCCUACGAGGGCAUGCUGGAUGAAGUUCGCAGCCUUGCAGCUGCCAGGCAGAUCUUCUGGGCUGACCCCACAAAGGUACACCACGUUAUGACUCGAUGGUGUGAUGUGGCAGCAGGAAAGGCAGAUGACUACGCAAAAAAGAUGUUUGUGGAGAAGCCGUCGCCAGUGGCGGGGGUCAAGGCGGUGAAGAAUCCUGCUGAGCUGGCCGGCAUGCGCGAAGCCCACUUGCGCGACGCGGUGGCUCUGGCCGAGACCCUGUACCACCUGGAACAGGAGAUCGCGGCCGGCCGCACGCUGACAGAGGUGGACGUGGACGAUUUCCUCACAGGCAGGCGGGCGGCACAGGGGGGUUUUAUCGAGCCAAGCUUCCCCACGAUUGCCGGCUCCGGCCCAAACGGCGCCAUCAUCCACUACCGCGCGCAGCCCGACACAUGCAACACCGUGUCCGGCUCGCAGCUGCUUCUUGUCGAUAGCGGUGGUCAGUAUGACUGCGGCACGACGGAUGUAACCCGCACGUUCCACCUGGGAGAGCCUACGAAGCACCAGAAGGUCUGCUUCACGCGCGUGCUGCAGGGGCACAUAGCGCUGGACAGCGCGGUUUUCCCGACGGGGACCCCCGGGCUGGCGCUGGACACUCUGGCGCGCGCUCCGCUGUGGUCGAUGGGCCUCAACUACCGCCACGGCACCGGCCACGGCGUCGGCGCAGCCCUCAACGUCCACGAGGGACCCCAGUCCAUCUCCACCCGGUACACGAUCACAUACCCUCUUGAGGCAGGCAUGGUGGUCAGCAACGAGCCGGGCUACUACGAGGAGGGCGAGUUUGGCAUCCGCAUCGAGAACCUGCUGGUGGUGAAGGAGGCCGACACUCCCUUCCGCUUUGGCGAGCAGCCCUACCUCUCCUUCGAGCGCCUCACCAUGUGCCCCCUGCAGCGCAAGAUGAUCGACCUUGACGUGAUGUCAUCGAGCGAGAUUGAGUGGGUGAACCAGUACCACGAGGAGGUGUGGGACAAGGCGUCGCCGCGGCUGUCAGGUGAUGUGCUUGAGUGGCUGCGAGCCAACACGGCCUCUCUGCAGGCUCCUAUUCCCCAGGUCGCAGCCCAAGCCUGAUGCAUUGCCAGAAAGCUGAGCAAGCUCAGAUAGGAGCAGUUCUUUAUUACGUCUGCAGUGAGCAGCUGUAGCCCAUGCAUGCACUGGGCGUGUCGGGGGUGUGUGUUGUAUUUCAACUGGAAUCUACAAGUAAUGCCAAAAACUUUGUAUUUCUUUCACUUGAAUGGAAAUGCUUUGUCAUGAAAGCUUUGCAGACACUGAGGCUGGCAAGAUGUGUUUGUCAUUGCUGGUCAAUUCUCUUGGAAUGUUUGUGUGUAUGUCAGCAGUGCUUUUCGUUAUAUGGUGUCACUUCUGGAGAAGUCUCAAACAUCAUUUGGCACUGCAGCUUGAUGGAGGAUCCAUGCCUAAAUAGGAUGUGUAAUUGUUUACACACCUCUGGC